CUACCAAGCUUGUAAGAUCCACCACUCGAGCUAGCUACAGCUUCAAGCAUAGCAAUGGCGUCCACCACCCUGGCCCUCUUCCUCACCGUGAACCUGGCCCUCCUCGCUGCCACCGCGCAUGGUUGUGGAUCAUACUGCUCCAACCCCACCCCGGUCCCAACCCCACCGAUCGCCGUCCCACCGCCGGCUCCGGUGAUCCCGACGCCCGUGCCCCCGACGCCGUCCAGCGGCGGCGGCGGCGGUACCUGCUCGAUCGAUACGCUGAAGCUGAGCGUGUGCGCCAACGUCCUGAACCUGCUCAAGCUCAACCUCGGCGUGCCGUCGACGGAGCAGUGCUGCCCGCUGCUGUCUGGGCUCGCCGACCUUGACGCCGCCGUCUGCCUCUGCACCGCCAUCAAAGCCAACGUCCUCGGCAUCAGUCUGAACGUGCCCAUCGACCUUGUCCUUCUCCUCAACCAGUGCGGCAAGACCUGCCCCGCCGACUUCACCUGCCCAAUCUGAUCCAUUGCAAGCCAUGCAUACGAUAUAUAAUUGUCGACGUCAGGGUCAUCUCUGCAUGCAAAGCAUAUUCUUAACUAAUCUUUGCAUGUCAUAUAAUUUCCAGUUCAUCUAUGUAUAUGUCGUCAGUGCAUGCAUGCAUGCUUAAGUUUGUUUCCUAUCCUGCAGUGUGACUACGUAUAAGUCACCAUUGUAUCUCGUUCUGGUAUCUAAAUGGUUAGUAUAUGUUUGUAAAAUGAUAUAUAUGCGUAUGUGCAUGUGUACGUGGAAUAAAAGUUUUUGUUCAA